GCGGGAGCCGGAAGUGUGGGCGGGUUCUCGUCUCUCCCGGGCCUCUUUGGAAGAGGUGACCAGUCCUGGGCCUUUCUUUCCCGCGUGGCCGGAGUGGCCGGAGUGGCCCAGGAGGGGUCCCGUGUCUUUCGGAGAAGGAGCUGCGUGUUAGGAAAGAUGGAUCGGGACCACUUGUCCACGGAGGUCCUUCAGGAGGAACGGGGCCAGGAGGCACCUCCGGAUAAUGGCCAGAAGACAGGUCCUUCUCACAGGCUGCAUGAGAUGUCCUUGCUAUCCUCUCAGCGGAGAGCAAAGGAUAGAGGAGGAGGAGGUCUGGAGAGGAAGCUGAGGAUGGACAGGACCCUCCUGGAUCAGGACGAAGGCGCCUCUCAGGCCCCAAAUCAGAAGAGGAAUCGUCCUGUGAAGAAACUGGAAUGUGGACAGAGCAUCACUGAGAGUGGAGGUCUGCAUUCACAUCCAGAAACCCACUCUGGGGAGAAACCCUAUACAUGCCUGGAGUGUGGGAAGAGCUUCACUCGGAGAACGAAUCUACAGAGUCAUCACAGAAUUCACAAGGGUGAGAAACCCUAUAAAUGCCAGGAGUGUGGGAAGAGAUUCACUGAGAGUAGAUCUCUAUGUUCACAUCAAAGAAUACACUCGGGGGGGAAACCCUAUAAAUGCCUGGAGUGUGGGAAGAGCUUCACUCAGAGCUCAAAUUUACAUACUCAUCAAAGAAUUCACACUGGGGAGAAACCCUAUAAAUGCCUGGAGUGUGGGAGGAGCUUCACUCAGAGAACGUAUCUACAGAGUCAUCACAGAAUUCACAAGGGUGAGAAACCCUAUAAAUGCCAGGAGUGUGGGAAGAGCUUAACUGAGAGUAGACAUCUAUGUUCACAUCAAAGAAUACACACGGGGGAGAAACCUUAUAAAUGCCUGGAGUGUGGGAAGAGCUUCACUCAAAGUUCAAGUCUACGUUUACAUCAAAGAACACACACAGGGGAGAAACCCUACAAAUGCAUGGAGUGUGGGAAAGACUUUGCUUAUGACUCUGGUCUGAAAGAGCAUCUGAAGAUCCACACUGGGGAAAAACGCUAUCCAUGUCCGCAAUGUGGAAACAACUUCCGUAGUACUUCCACCCUCAAAUCACACCAGAAGGUUCACACUGGAGAGAAACUCUAUGCGUGUCCUGAAUGUGGAAGACGCUUUGCUCAUACGUCGACCCUAAUUAUACACCGGCGGCUUCACACGGGGGAAAAGCCAUUCGAAUGCUCUGAUUGUGGGAAGACAUUCCAUCAGAAACCACACCUCGUUGUGCACCGGAGAGUUCAUACGGGGGAGAAGCCCUACCACUGUGAUGACUGUGGAAAAACCUUUACUCAGAAAAGCCACUUUACGAUCCACCGGAGAAUCCACACGGGAGAGAAACCUUACAGCUGUAUGGACUGUGGGAGGACCUUUGCAACGAAGAUAACCCUUGGGUAUCACCAAAGAACCCACACGGGAGAAAAGCCCUACACGUGUUUGGAGUGCGGGAAAAGCUUCAGCCAGAACUCAGCCCUGAAUUCGCAUCGGAAAACCCACACCGGGGAGAAGCCGUAUUCCUGCUUCGAGUGUGGAAAGAGCUUCAGAAAUGGGUCUAAUCUCACUUCUCACCAGAGGACCCAUUCUGGGGAGAAGCCGUAUCGAUGCACUGAGUGUGGGCAGAGCUUCAGAAAUGGGUCUAAUCUCACUUCUCACCAGAGGACCCAUUCUGGGGAGAAGCCAUAUCGAUGCUCUGAGUGUGGGCAGAGUUUCAUUCAUAACACGAGCCUUGCUGCGCAUAAAAGGGUUCAUAAGGAAGGGAGUCCAUAGACUUCACGAGUGGGGACAAAGUACUCUUCUAUAUCAGCUGUGUCCAACUCAAGGCCCAUGGGCCAAAUCAUGUGUCCCUGUCAAGGUCCAUAAGCCCAUCAUAUAUUUUAUUGAUUCAGUAACCCAGAUGCCCUCUUGGUUAUCAGAUCCAUGCAGGAGAGGAAGCAGUUUUACAUAUGGUUGAGAUCUUAUGAAAGAUUUGACAAUUGCUUAAGCAAUGCAGGAACAGUGUCAAGCUUAAAACAUCUUAAACCACUUUAUUCAAAGAACGAAGUAACUAGGUAGGAAUGUCAAUGCUCACCUCUAGAAGUGUUAUAUCAGGCGUUUUGGGAGAAUUUUAGACUAUUUCUAUAUAAAGGAUGAAUACAAUGGGACAAUUACUUCCCUUGACUUGGAAAGCUAUGCUGCCUCCAAUCGCCUUUGCCUUCUUAGCACCAGCAUCAUGCUUCCGGCUCAUGUUCAUCCUCGUGUAAACCGAGGAAGGCUAUGAGAAAGGUUGCAUUACAGGAACAGUCUUUGUGGACCUUACAGCAGCCUAGGAUGGAACAACAUAGGAAAUUGCUGCAUAAAGUCUGCCAUAUCACCUGGGACUACGAUUUUACAAAAACACAAUCUGGCUCUCAGUAUUAAAAAAAACCCUCUAAUAUCAGGACAGUAAAUAAAGAACAACUGUUGCAACACAGACUCCUUAAAGUGCUAGUAAAAAUACAGUUUAUUAGUUCACAACCAAAAGGAGCCCAAAAACAAACUCAAAAGGCUCAGAACACUUAAUCUUCAGUGUGAAACGCAGAAUUCCCAGCAAACAACACAAAACCCCAGACCCUGGAACAUAACCCGGAUUAAACCAGAGUAUAAUCUGGUUUAAAAACAAACUUUGUAAAACAAAGAAGGCACUCCAGUUCCCAGCAGGACGUCAGCAGGCAGGAAUUGAUGACCAACAGGGACCCGAAGACAUCUCUCGAAGUCACCCAAACACAAUGUCGACAUCAUUGAGUCCAAUCCAGGUCUGAGAAGGAGAGGUCAGCAAUACGAAAUCCAGUCCAGGUCAGAGAAGGAGAAGUCAGCAAUACGAAAUCCAGUCCAGGUCAGAGAAGUAGAAGUCAGCAAUACGAAAUCCAGUCCAGGUCAGAGAAGUAGAAGUCAGCAAUACGAAAUCCAGUCCAGGUCAGAGAAGUAGAAGUCAGCAAUACGAAAUCCAGUCCAGGUCAUACACAGAGCCAAAGCGUAGAAUGUAGCACGGCAACUAAUGCAUAACGAUCAACACAAAGCAGUCCAGAGAAAACCCUCACAGUUCCAGCCCCCACAGCCAUGGAUAAUCCAGAUUAAAUUUACGUUCACAGAAGUCUUCCCAAAGUACGUCUUCCCAAACAGCACACGCGAACACCCAACAACACUUUGCCGACUGCAAAGGUGAUCCAUUUCCCAAACUCACUUUUAUUCACAAAUCAUCCUCAGAACUAGAAUCAGACAACACCCUGCGAGCAGUUGCAGCCUGUUGCCUCAAUUCCUCCUCAGACCUAGAAUCAGACCUCCUUUCAGCUGAAGCCCCUUGCCGAUCCCUCCACCCAGUCCAUCUUUUAUCCAAACCCAUAAUUCGCCAAGACCCAGCUGGAUCCCCACUGUGCCAACCCUCAAAUAUGUUGCUACUUGUUUUUCAUGUGUUUUAAAAUGAUUGUGAUUUUUUUAAAUGCCUUUUAAAUUUAUUUGUGUGUUUCUGUAUUUGAUGUUUGUAUUUGAUAUCACAGUAUGCUUGCUUUUAUAUCUGUGAGCCGCCCCGAGUCCCUCUGGGGAGAUGGUGGCGGGGUAUAAAAACAAAAUUAUAUUAUAUUACUUGUGGGUUCUCUAAAGAUGUCCUGGAUCUCUCGCACCUUAGUCCAGUCCAUUACCUUGUCCUCUGAACUUGUCAUCCCAUCCUCCUGAUUCUCAACCCCAUCAUCCCCCUCAAAGCCCUCAAAUGAGUCAUCAUCAUAAGUAUUCCCUGGAUCCGCUUCCUUUGUUGCUCCUCAUCGGAGUUUUGCUUAGCCUAGGAGGUUUGUUGGCCUUGUUCAAGCUUGGGUUGAAGACUCGUGAUUCAUGCUCAUGUUUUGGCUCCUUGUUCCAUGGAUUAUUCUGGGACUUCUGCUCCUGUUGUGCUCCUGGUUUUAAGCCUUGUAUUUUAGAUUUAUCCUGCCUUCGUGCUCUAGUUUUAUACCUUAUUCUUGGAUUUAUGCUUCCUGUGGAUUAUUCUCUGUACACAGUUUGGUUUGGCUUUCUGCCUAUGACUUUUGCCUGCCAGAUUGAUUCUUGGAUUCUAUUCUUUAUUUACUCCAUAGUGUUUUACCCUUUUUAUAUAUGCUGUCUUAAUAAACUGUUUUGACUUUUA